AAGUUACUUCUCUGUCAGUGAGUGACCAAUUCAGUGAGCGUCUAGCCGUGCCAUUCUCGUAUAGUUUUAGACAUGUGGAAGCUCUUGUUGCUGUUUGUGGCAGUCGGGUCGUGCCGAGCCGCCCUCGAGGAGGUUUUCGCCUGGAAAGAGCUCUCCUUCGCCUGGCCCAGCGACGAAGCCAAAACCAGUGCAAUAAAAUCCGGUCAUUACAUUCCGGAAAAUAAUUUGCCGCUGGGACUCGAAAGGUGGAAGGAUAAAUUGUUCGUUACGGUUCCCAGAUGGAAAGCCGGCGUCGCCGCCUCCCUCAACUACAUCCCCCUGACCGCCGCCGCCAACAAAACCCCCUCCCUCCUCCCGUACCCCGACUGGGACGCCAACCUCCUCCCCACGGGCGACGAUAAACCCAAAGACAACCAAAUCGUGUCGACCUUCCGCAUCAAAGUCGACCCCUGUGACCGCCUCUGGGUGAUGGACACAGGCCUUGCCGACAUCUUCGGGGAGGGCAAACAAGUGACGCCCCAAGCCAUCGUCGUUUUCGAUUUAAAAACCGACAAACUCCUGAGACGCUACAACUUGAAAGAACACGACUACAAGGACGAUUCUUUCUUUGCCAACAUUGUGGUGGAUGUUGACCCGAGCAAGUGCGACGAGGCGUUCGCGUACAUCCCCGACUUGGGGGCUUAUGGCAUGGUGGUGUAUUCCUGGAAGGAGAACGACUCGUGGAGGGUUAAACACAACUACUUCCAUUUUGAUCCGCUGAAGGGCGAUUUUAAUGUCGGAGGGGUUAACUUCCAGUGGACGGAUGGCGUGUUCGGGUUGGCUUUGGGGCCGAGGUUGGAGAAUGGGGACAGGACUUUGUAUUUCCACCCCUUGGCGAGCACGAGGGAGUUUUCGGUGUCCACUAACGUUUUGAAAAACAAAACUAUUGCUACAGAUCCACACAACUACUACUUGUUCAAAAUCGAGGGUAAUCGUGGCGACUUAACUCAAGCUUCGGCGUCAGACUUCGACGAAAAAGCCAAUGUGUUGUUCUUAACGCAGAUCAACAAAGAUGGUGUUGCUUGUUGGAACCCCAAAAAACCGCUCAGUGCGCAGAAUUUGGGUCUGGUGGUUCAAGAUAAAGAGGCUUUGGUGUUCACCAACGACAUUAAGCUCGACGCGGAAAGAAAUUUGUGGAUUCUUUCCGAUAAAUUGCCAGUGUUUUUGUACAGAGAGUUGGAUUCUUCUCAGACGAAUUAUAGGAUUCUUAAGGCACCCGUGGACGAACUUAUCAAAGGAUCAGUUUGCGUAGCUUAAACUAAAAAGCGAUAAAGUCGCGAUUUAAAUCUCUUCAUUUUGAAUACCAAUCCAACUUGCCAUAGAGUAGGCCGCUUAAAGAUCGUUGUACGAGUACAAAAUUUUUAUAUUAUUUAUUGUUACGUGUGAAAGUAGAAGAUCAAGUCGACACAUCUUUGUAAUUUUGAUUCUAAAUAAAAUCGUUUUUAAAAGUG